AUGAAUGUUUUUAUUAAUGAAUGUCUUACCAUCUUCCAGGUUUCAUAUCUAGGCUAUAACACAGGUAUUCCUCAUAAAGAACUCGGGAAAAUCAAAACUCCUCAUCAAACAGACAUUGAAUCGGACAAACUCACUCCUUGGCUUGUGUUAAAUAGAGAUCUUAGAGCAAUCAAAUUUUUCUGCGACAAACUUGAACAAUAG